UGAACGCAACUGGUCCGGACGCUUGAUUGGGCCACACACCGAAGAUGCUCCUCCCGGGACAACCGGAGGUCGUGGGAAUGCCGAACCAACCACCGAGAACCAGGACGCGAAACUGCAGCCAGAAAAACACGGCAGCGCUCCGACAAGUUCGACGCCGAAGCCCGCAUCUUCGUGUACGCUGGACGUGUUCACAGUCGCCAAAAACUACUACGUCCGCCGGAAGAAGCGACGCUUCAUUCCUGCGACGCAGGCUUUUGCGGAGAGCGGUCAAGAAGCCU